AUGCUUUCUCAACCUCCGUCACUUGUUGCUGCUUCAGCCAUUUUCUUGGCUAAGUACAUUCUAGACCCAACAAGAAGAUCAUGGAAUUCAACAUUGCAACAUUAUACGCAGUAUAAAUCUAUGGAGUUGAAAGGAUGUGUGAAGGAUCUUCAACGAUUGACUAGUAACGCUCAUGUCACUACUCUUCCUGCUGUAAGAGAGAAGUACAGUCAACACAAAUACAAGUUUGUGGCGAAGAAGUUUUGUCCAUCCACAAUCACACAAGAGUUCUUCAACAACAGUUAG